CUCCUCAAGUCGACCGGCCGUUUAGUCAGCCUUGAAGUGGUAUAUUUGUGCGAAUUGUCUGAUUGUCCGCUGUGACCUCUACAGCAGGCAGACCAGCACGCUCUGGUUUUAGCAAGCUUUGCGACGCUGCUGUCGGCGCAAGGCCCAGCCGACUCUUCAGCUCGGAAGUAGGCACAUCUUACAAGUCGCAAGGGCAAAUCUUGGCCGGAACCCUAGAUGGUCCAGUCCGACGGCGCUCCUUCAGUAUGACAGAGGCGCAGAGGAUACGAAGGGGUCCGAUCGAGACUGGACCCUGUGAGGAGGGCGUCGCUGGAAUGCCAUUUGUCUGACAUUAUUAGCUUUAGAAACCGUGCACCCACGAUUGCGCUUUGGGUCGAAGACGAAAUUCACGCAAGGCGAGGCACAUCAAGGCGUAUAAGUUGCAGCGUCGUAGGAAUGUUACUGCUGUUCUUGCCUCAUGUCUCAACUCUUCACGCUCUUUGCCUCGCCACAUCGACUCCGGCAUCAUCACGCCCAAGCUCAUCCCAACUGAUCAACGUCAUCAUGGCUCCUUCUGCUGUCGUGGACAACGAGACUGCUGAAGCAGUGGUGGUGCCGCAAUCGGCCAACACAGCGCCAUAUGAUGGGACGCAGACCCCUCCAGCUAUAGAGGUGGCCAGCUCGCUGGACACGGAGCCAGAAAUGAAGGAACUCUUCGGCAUGAAGAAGACCACCACCAUCGUCACGGGAGGUGCUAGAGGACUUGGCUUGACGAUCGCCGCUGCUGUUCUAGAAUCCGGCGGUGAUGUCUACUGCUGCGACAUUCUCGACAAGCCCUCUGAGCCAGAGUGGACUUCGCUGCUUCGCAAAGCCAAGCGUUAUGGCGGCGAGGCUCAUUACGACGUGCUGGACAUCUGCGACGUGGAGAAAACGAAUGCGCUCUUCCGGUCCGUCGCCCAAAGGGCGCGUUUCCCCUUGAAGGGCUUGGUUCACUCAGCAGGUACCAUGCACGAAUCCCUAGCUCUUGAUUAUGAGAUGGAGCCCUUUAGACGCAUUCUGAAGGUGAACGUCGAGGGAACGAUGAUCGUUGCUCAGGCGACUGCCCGCAUCAUGAAAGAGCACGGUCUCGGUGGUUCCAUCGUUCUGAUCGCAAGCAUGAGCGGCUCCAUCGCAAACAGGGGACUAUUCCUGACCGCCUACAACUCCUCAAAGUCUGCCGUCCUGCAAAUGUGUCGCUCGCUGGCAGUAGAAUGGGGUGAAUACGGCAUCCGCGUCAACACUGUCAGUCCAGGCUAUGUGCGAACGGCCAUGACAAAUCUGUUGCUUCAGACGCAGCCCGAAAAGCUGGAUAGGUGGGAAAGUGAUAACCCCUUGCACCGCAUCGCCCUCCCGCACGAGAUCAAGGGCCCGGCGAUGUAUUUGCUCAGUCCAGCUAGCAGCUUCGUCACCGGCUUUGACGCCCGCGUCGACGGCGGUCAUUGCGCAUGGUGAGUAGUGGGGCAGUGUCGUCUUGCUUUGCCCAAUACAAUGCAUCAGGUCCAUCAUAGCUAGUCUCGGUGCUCUGCCAGGGGUUUCGUUGCUGCUGAGCGGGCAUUCUCGAUCUGCGUUGCAGCUCCUCGAAAGGCGGAGGCACGCGCGACU